GCGCAUUGCGGUUCAUUCCAGCCCUUCAAGGAGGCCAAGGGGAAAACCGCAGCGUCCACAGGAGAGAAAAUUGAUGAGGAUAGUCUGAGUAGGUGUGUGUUGAGCACAACUCAAUGGCUUCUCAUUUCAACCCUUGGUGAGGGGCAAGCAGUGGAGGGAUCACAGGAGAGACGAGUGAGGGCUAGCUCGAGUUGCAUGGAGCGCGACUGGCUCCAUGCUGUUCAUUUCAAGGUCUAACCGUUCCUGGAGGCGGAGGGAGGUUCUGCAUGACUGCAGAAGAGUAAACAUUUGCGCGUGAAUGCAUGAAGACAACUUAUCAUUGGUGAAGGAAAGGACCAACUAGAGAGAGAGAGAGAGAGAGAGAGAGAGAGAGAGAGAGAGAGAGAGAGAGAGAGAGAGAGAGAGAGAGAGAGAGAGAGAGAGAGAGUUGUGCAGGUGUGGGAGUGUGCAAUGGAUUGCCAUAAUGAUCAUAGAUUAUCAUCAUAUGUUGGUUGGUCUGCUGGUGGUCUUUUUGCAUCCGUGCCCUCCAGUCCUGUGACAAAUUAAGAUAUCGGCAGGUGUCCUCCUUUGGGCGACGGAAAGGAUCAUAUCCACCUGCAAAGCAACCCUGUUAAAAGCGAAACUUAGCUGACGAGACCUGGUCACAAACGGGCUCUUAUAAUGUCUUACACUUGCUCUGUCAGGACCAGAAUCACCAGAUUCACAUCUGUGAGAAAGUACGUCUGACUGUCUCUGACAUGAUUCACAGCUGCGGGACAGGUAUAUAUGCUUGGUGGUAGCUCUGACUCUCCCAGAUUUCGCAGCUUCGAAAAGGUUGAGAAUCUUGAGAAUCUUGAGAAUCUUGAGAAUCUUGAGAUUGUUUACCAGCUCUGUUUUUUUAUUUACUUUUCGCAAGUUUUCUGGAGGAAUACCUGACACACUUUGGUGAUCGAGUAACCAACACGCGACUUUGACGAGGUCUAGAGACUCUUAAGUUUUCAAAAAAGAAAAAUUGCAAAUCCAAAAACAAAAUGCCAGGGGCGACUCUUCACCAGGUGUGUGCGUUCCUCAACGUUGGGCAGACUUUCGUGGGUACUCAGAAUGUGCCACAGAAUCAGGGGUCCGCAAAAGACGAGGCAUGGAAAGUCAACGUCCGGAUCCAGGGUUGUAACCUUGAGCAGGGCUACUUAUGUGGCAGCAUGGAAGCACUGAACGUGCAGUCGACGGAGUCGUCGGUGGUGACAUUUUGGGAAGGGGAGAUUGUCGACAACAAGAAUCACACAUUCUUCACGGGGCAGUGGAACGCAACGAAGGACAAUGAUCUCAAGCAUUGGGCGAAAUUCGCAUCCUUCGCACCGAUCAUGGCAGAAGUGGAACGAGACGGAGGGCUCAGUGUGGAUUUAGCCAAUUAUGAUCACAUGUUUAUGCGCUGGAAAGAGCAAUUCUUUGUGAAUGUCAAUCCUGAUUGUGGACUGACAAUUGCUGGCUUCUACUACGUUUGUUUCUCGCGAAGGGAUGGCACCAUUCAAGGGUUCUAUUACGAUCCUCACAGUACUCCUUUUCAGAAAUUGGAGUUGAAGCCAGCCCUCGAGGGGCAACAGGGCCACAGCCUCGGAAUUUAUCAGUUCCGAUGAUAGAUAUGUUUCGUAUCCAGCAGACUGUGUAAUCUUUGACAGCGGUAUCUUUUCUGGAUCUUGUGAGUUUCUUGGACUAAAUCCGACAUGUGACCCACCCAUACCCCCCUCCUCCCCUCUGCACACACACACACACACACACACACACACACACACACAUGCACGCCCUCCCUCCCCCAACACACGCACACGCACACACACGCACACACACUCACAUACACCCACACGCGUGUGUGACCGACUGAGGCCAACUGUGUGCAGAGUCUGUAGACGUGCUGGAUUCGUCACAGCCACGGGUAACAGGGAUAGGUUCCUUUUGCCAUUUUUCUUUUUUUUCUUUUCUGUUUUCUUUUCUUUAAGAAGGAGAAAAAGAACUACACUAUAUUCUUCUCUCAAAGUCUUUCGCUUUUCGCUACCUACCUACCCCGAAGGCUAUAUAGUGGGGACCCCUGCAAGCAUAGCUGCCUCUCAUGCUGAAGGGGACAUUGCAUGUUGCCCCUUGCCCUAGUGUUCAAGGGUGCAUGCAUAUUGCCCCUUGUCCUAGUGGUUAAGGGUGCAGGGUUGGGGACGCUGGUGAGGGUCCGGCUAAAUGGAAGACCGAGCAUUUCGCCAACAACUGCAUCUCCCUUGUUUUGAACUCCUUUGAUUUUUUUUUUUUUUUUUUUUUUUUUUUGGUUGUAGGUUUUUGAAGGAGUGCAGGACUUGCUACACCAUGAGUGCUUUUUCCCAGGUGGAGGAUCCAACCAUGAUGGGAAUGUUGAGGUGUCUAGUUAGUUAUUAGUUUCUUAGCAUCUGUCAAAAUUCCAUUCGAGUACCGUUUUCCGAAAGAAGGGAGUAAAGGCUGCUUUUUUAG